AAAACACAACAGACACAUCCACAUAAUGCUGUUCGCCAAAAUGACUAUGUUAAAUGAAGCGAUCACAUCUACGAUUUAUUAGGAAAAUCUUUGAAACAUAUAUGCAGAUUGGUAAAGCCAUUUAAAACCGCUCGACUACUGAAAUUAGACAUAGCGGGAAAGUGCAAAUUGCACGAUUUGGAUGAAUGUCGUAUAUGGUAUAUAGCUACUAAAAGAGAAAUUUAAACCUUUCUUUACGACUGCGCACGUUGCCUGUAAACUACAUUUCCCAUGAUGCCUCGCAGCGAUGACGAGUGACUAGUAGUCAUGCGGAUGGAAAAGACAGUGGUGUAGUCGCAGGCAGAAGAAGAAAAGUUUACGGAAAAUGCAUGGAGGGAAUGGGAGAGAAGAGAACAGUCAGCGGAAUUGCCGGAUUCCGGCCAGCAAAUCUGUCGAGGUGGUUGACUUUGAGGGCACAAAAGAACAGGGCUCGAAAUUGUGCGGCUAUCUAAAUAAACUUACGGGCAAAGGACCACUGAGGGGAUUCAAGCCGCUGUGGUUCGUCUACGACCCCAGAAAAUGCUACUUGUAUUAUUUCAAGUCCCCCCAGGACGCCCUGCCCAUGGGGCACAUAGACAUCGGCGACGCCUGCAUGAGGUAUGAUGUUGAAGGCGAAGAGGGGCAGUUUGAGAUCCUGACGGCUGGAAAGCAGAUCCUGCUCAAGGCACCCAGCCAGCAGGUCAUGCACUACUGGCUGCACCAGUUGCAGCAGAAGCGCUGGGAGUUCAGCACCGCGCGCGGGUUGGGGACCCGAGACAGCUGGAACUUGCCCACCAUGCCCCAGAUACACAGUGGCUUGGUGGCCAGCAACACAGAUGGCUUUCCUCUAGAGGCGCCGAGCGAAAGUAUGGAGAGGGUACGCAGUGAUUUUUCCAUGGAUGCCAACGUGGACGACCUGCCAGGGGGGUCCACCACUCGCAGUGCCAGCACCCACUUCUCCUUCAGGCAGCUGGGCUUCGAGCUCAGGAACUCGAUGUCCCAGCUGCGGCAGGGCUGGGGGGGCGAAGGUAGGCGCAGUGUCUUUUACACCGCGGAAGAGUGGGAGAUGGUCGACCCCCCUGGCAAGGACUCGCAGGAGCCGACGCAAAUACAGGAGCUCCCGAAGAAGCCCCCCCCAGACUCCCACAGAUACUCUACGGGCUCCGUGUUCACGUUCGACUUUGGGAAGUCUGCAUCACGCCCCCGGCGGCCCUUCCUGCGAGACAUGAUGAAGGCCAGCCGGAGUGCAGAGAGCAGCCAGACCGACUGCAACGGCAGCAAGGCCUCCGAGAUGCAGCAUCGCCUACAGAGUCUGCAGGAGGAACUGGCUCAGCUCAGGGAGGAGCUGGCCAGCCAGAAGGAGCUGGUCCGGCUGCUGCAGCAGACCCUGAAGAGCGCGCAGUGCGAGAGGCCAGCCGUCGCGGUGGCCGGGGGCCCCGGGGGGCCACAGGACCAAGCCGCACUCCUGCAAGAGAAGGGCACCCAGAUCAAGGGCCUCUGUAGCCACAUGGAGAAGCUGGCGCUGGAGAAGGAGAGCCUGCAGCAGGAGCUGAAGAGCCUGAAGAACAAGGUGGGCGAGAUGAACGAGCAGCUGGGGAUGCUGAUGGAGACCAUCCAGGCCAAGGACGAGGUCAUCAUCAGGCUGUCCCAGCAGGGCUGUGACACCGCUGGAGGGGCUUGUGGCUCUCCAGACUGUGGCUCGCCCACCUCCACCUCCAAGGAGCUGCAGGAACUGGACAACCUGAAGGAUGGCCUACAGGCCUACAAAACCCAGAACAAGUUUCUGAACAAGGAGAUCCUGGAGCUGACAGUCCUGCGUAGGAAUGCAGAGGGCAGAGAGAAGGCUCUAGAAGCAAAGUACACAGCCCUGGAGGCCAAGCUAUGCCAGGUGGAGAGCAAGUACCUGAUCCUCCUGCAGGAGGUGAAGAGCCCGAUGUGUUCAUCCUCCGAGGAGAACCCAGCGCAGGAAGUCAUCUCCAGGCUGCUGGAGGACGCUCUGCAGGUUGAGAGCUCCGAUCAGCAAGAGCACCCAAUCUUCAAGCCGCACCCCGUCAGCGAGUACGACGUGUAUGGGUUCAAGACGGUGCCUGAUGACGACGAGGAGGAGAUGCUGGUGGCCAGGGUCAGGGCACUUAACCUGAAGAAGCUGUCGCUGGGAGAACAGGAGAUGUCUGUGAGCGUGAAGUGGGAUAACUACUUAGCGGGGAUGAUGAACAGGGAGAUGACGCGCUCGCCGGAGCUCAAAGCCCUGGUGCGCAGCGGGGUCCCCCACGAGCACCGAUCUAAGGUGUGGCGCUGCUGCGUCGGCUUCCACGUGAAGAAGCUGCGGGAGGUGCUGCCGCAGAACUACUUCGAGAGCCAGCUGCGCGCCGCCCUGGAGAAGUCGAACCCGGCCUCCAAGCAGAUCGAGCUGGACCUCCUGCGGACCCUGCCCAACAAUAAGCACUACGCCUCGCCCACCGCGGAGGGCAUCCAGAAGCUCAGGAACGUGCUGCUGGCCUAUUCCUGGAGGAACCCUGACAUUGGCUACUGCCAGGGUCUCAACAGAUUGGCUGCCAUCGCGCUCCUGUACCUGGACCAGGAAGAUGCGUUCUGGUGCCUUGUCACAAUUGUAGAGGUGUUUAUGCCACGGGACUAUUACACAAAGACGCUGCUUGGGUCCCAGGUGGACCAGCGGGUCUUUAAGGACCUGCUGAGCGAGAAGCUGCCCCGCCUUCACGCUCACUUUGAGGCAUAUAAGGUGGAUUUCUCCCUCAUCACCUUCAACUGGUUUCUCGUGGUGUUCGUGGACAGCGUCGUCAGCGACAUCCUCUUCAAGAUCUGGGAUGCGUUUUUGUACGAGGGGCCAAAGAUCAUAUUCCGCUUUGCUCUCGCCCUCUUCAAAUACAAAGAGGAUGAGUUCCUCAAGCUGCAGGACUCCAUGGCCAUUUUCAAGUACCUGCGCUACUUCACACGCACCAUCCUGGAUGCGAGGAAGCUCAUGAACAUGGCCUUCGUAGACAUGAACCCCUUCCCGCUGCGGCAGAUCCAGAACCGGCGCACCUUCCACCUGGAGAAGGUGCGUCUGGAGCUCACGGAGCUGGAGGCGAUCAGGCAGACCUUCCUGCGGGAGCGGGAGACCACAACCGACGGGAGGACUCUGAUCAGCGACGACGAAGAAGACAAUUAACAAUCAGCCAGCGAGAACCAGCCUGUGUAGCCCAACAUUCAAUUAAGAUGUAUUAUUUUCUUAAUUGCAAUCAGAACCUGCAUUCCGCAUUCAGAUGCUGGACCCGUUUGCAACCCGACUGCGUCUGAGCAGAACUGACGAGCCUUUUUGGUGACCAUCUUAGAUGAAGACCUAACAGAGCUGUAUGGUUGUUGCACUGAUGGGACCCUGCAGUGAGCAGAUUGUCUUUGUAGGUCAGAAAGGGCACAGUAUUGAUAAGGAAAUAGAUUCUCUUAAAGUUGAUCAUAAAUAAUGCAUUUAAAUCAAGUUAAUUCUGUGGUUAUGGUGAUAUCCGGCAUUUCAACUAUUCAAAUAUCCGGCAUUUCAACUAUUCAAAUAUCCGGCAUUUCAACUAUUCAAAUAUCCGGCUUAUGUGAAGGCCAGAUAACCUACACAGAAGCCUUGAAUCUUCACAGUUCAGGGCUCCGUGUUCGGGUUCUGUUCGUGCCACAUUCGGUUAUGGGGAUGAAAAAUGAGUUCGACAGCUCGCAUGCACACAGGGCUUGCAGCCGGUUAUGCUCCUUAUGCUAAGCGGGUCCUUCUCAGGAGUAUGUUUGUUUACAGUCCCAUUUUGUCUUGUAUUUCAUUUUAUGAUCUAUUGAUGUUUUUAGGUAUUUUAGACACCUUUUUUACUUUGUUUCCAAGCUAUGUCAGUGUACAUUUCUCUGUCAUGUGGCCCCAGUCUGGCAGACAUUCCUCACUCAUAUUCCCAGUGCCAUCCGCAUGGUCCCAGUCUGGCAGACAUUCCUCACUCAUAUUCCCAGUGCCAUCCGCAUGGUCCCAGUCUGGCACACAUUCCUCACUCAUAUUCCCAGUGCCAUCCGCAUGGUCCCAGUCUGGCACACAUUCCUCACUCAUAUUCCCAGUGCCAUCCGCAUGGUCCCAGUCUGGCAGACAUUCCUCACUCAUAUUCCCAGUGCCAUCCGCAUGGUCCCAGUCUGGCAGACAUUCCUCACUCAUAUUCCCAGUGCCAUCCGCAUGGUCCCAGUCUGGCACACAUUCCUCUCCCUCAGCCCCCAACCUCCAAAGGAUUCGUGUACAUAGCAGGGUGUCACUCAUCAAUUUUAUUUAUUGUUCCAUGGUCACUGACUUUCAUCAGGCAUUGGUGGAUCUGUGUCUGUAAUUUUCUUUGACUCUUGACACUCAUUGUGUCUGCAGUAUCACUUCCCUCACAUGAAAUCUCUCUCAGUAUGACAGGAUUUACUUGGAUCACACUUGAUCUUUUCUGUAAUGAAGUACAUCCUCUCUGCUUAUGCAUGCCCAGUGAGUGUUACUCAGACUUUUCUGCACUCGUCACUGCGUACCUCAUCCUUAGGGUCAGUUCAUUUACUGUGUGGUACUUUGUCAUAUUGAUAUUUCCCUUGCAAUCCUAAUAUGGACUUAGCAGGCUGACUAUUAUACGGUCACUUAACACAGAUGUAGCUUAAUAGCAUCAUUUUAGAAAAUGUCAGUAUGUCAUCUAAUGUAUCUCCAAAUGUAAUUGGGUUUAAAAAACUGUGAAACCAUUUUUGAGAGCAGGUCUCUCUAGCUGCCAUAUCGUAACACUUUAUUCUCUUGUUAAUGAAUAUUCCUUUGCUUUUUCAGGUAUAUUUCUGUCUAGUUUUUUUUUUUAAUUUUUUUUUACACAAUUUCAUUUCAAUUGCAAAAACAUUUUGCUAAUGGUCAACUUAUUUUUCUUUUUUAAACAAUGGAAUCCAUGUAGCAUGCCACAUACAGAAUUGGGAAAAAUAGGGAGCAUUUCCUGUUUAAGGUGGAGCGGUUGGUUUUUACUUUUGUAUUGUAUGAGUGUAGUGCCUCAUUUGUAAAAACUGCCUUUAUCAAAGCUUGGCACCUUAGAAAAUAGGCACUUUCUUUUGUAUCAUAAAUAUGUAUUUUCUAAGUACUCUGAAUGCAGUGAUGUUCAGAAUGCGAAAAAGGCAAGUUUACAUGCAUAAAAGUAUUAUCACAGUAAUAAGCACACCCAAAUGCUAUUUUUUGUAUCAAUAGCAUUAAUACUCAAUAAAUAAUGUACCCACCCUUUG